AUGGAAGUCUUAGAUCUACGCUUGUCCAGCAACAAUGGCAUCUGUACCCAAUCGAUCAUUCUUGAGGAUGGAAACAAAUUCAUCAAUGUUACAUGCAACAAUAACACCGAUUUCAUCAAGGGUUCCUAUUUUGAAACAAACACCAGCUGUUUGAACCUAACGUUGUCAAAUACAAGUGAUGACGGAUACUUCUGGUUUAAAUUCACAACUGUCGGAAGAGUGACCAUUGAAUGUCCCCCUAUUUCCUGUUCGAAUCUAACAGGACCAACACUAACAACAGAAGAAACAACAAGGCAUCCAACAACAACAAAAGCAUUAGAAACAACAACAAAAUCAAGAACAACAGAAUCCACAAUAACAACAGAAUCAACAAAAACAGAAUCCCAAACAACAACAUUAAGAACAACAACAACGGAAGCAACAACAACAAACAUGCCAUCUGCAGAUGAUCAAAUAAUUUAUAUUCUUUUGGGAAUUGGACUGAUUUUGUUUGUUCUAUGUCUAGUUCUCGUAUUGUGCUGUAUAAACAAAAAGAAGGUGUGUAUAUUUCGGAGACGAUCAAGUGUUCAUCCACUCGUUAAUGACGAUAUUGAGAAUAGACCGCCAGCAGAGAUUGUAACAGAUCAUGAUGUUAAGCGUGGGUCACAAACAGAAAAUUUCAAUGCAGAGAUGCAUGCAACACAUCAGUCUCUUGAGUAUAAAUCAAAAACAGAACAUUCAAAUAAAGAGGGGCGUGCGACAUAUAUAGAUUGUGAACGUGGACCACGAACAGAGAUUCUAAACGGAGAGAGAUUGACGGCACACAAUGAAACUGAAAAAAGAUUUCGAACAGAGAUUCUAAAGGAAGGGAGACAUUCGACUCAUGAUAUUGAAAGCAGAUUACAAAGAGAGAUCCUAAACAAAGGGGGUCUCGCAACACAUCAUGAAAAUGAAAAUAUAUCACGAGAAAAGAUUCUAAUUGAAGAAAGACACGUGAUGCGUCAUGAUAUUGAAAACUUAUCACAAAAAGAAAUUCUAAGUGAAGAGAGUCUUGUGACAAAUAAUGAAAAUGACAAUAUAUCGGGAGAAGAAAUUCUCAUUGACGAACGAGAGGCAACGCGUCAUGAAAUUGAUAAUAGAUCACAUGAAGAGAUUCUAAGCAAAGAAAAUCUUGCGACACAUCAUGAAAAUGAAAAUGGGUCUCGAGUGGAAAUUCUAAUGGAAGAGAAACAGACGACGUAUCAUAAUAUUGGGCAUAUAUCACGAGGAAAGAUUAUAAAGAAAGAGAAUCUUGCUGCACAUCAUGAAAUUCAAAAUAAAUCACGUACAGAAAGUUUAAGCAAAGAGGUACUCGCGGCACAUCAUGAAAUUGAUAAUUUAUCACGAGGAGAGAUUCUAAUUGAAGGGAGACACGCGGCGCAUUAUGAUAUUGAACAUGAGUCACAAAAAGAGAUGAUUCUAAGCAAAGAAAGUCUUGCGACAUAUCAUGAAAAUAGAUCACAAGAACAUAUUCUAAUUUACGAGAGACACGCGACGCGUCCUGGUAUUGAAAAUAUAUCACUAGGAGAAAUGUUAACUGAAGGGAGACACGCGACACAUCGUGAUAUUGAAAACACAUCGUUAAAAGAUGUAAGCGAAACGAGGCUCUCGACCGAUCAUGAAAAUGAAAAUAGAUCACGAGUAGAGAUUCUAAUUGAAGAGGGACACGCGACGCGUCAUGAUAUUGGUCAUAUAUCACGAGCUGAUACGAUAAAGAAAGAAAGUCUUGAGGCACAUCAUGAAAUUCAUAAGAAAUCACGCACAGACCUUUUAAACGAAGAGGUACAUGUACAAGUGUCACAUCAUGGAAUUGAGCAUGUAUCACAAACAGAGAUACUCUAUAAAGAAGGACACACGGCAUUCGAUGAUAUUGUACAUAAAUCACACACAGAAAUUUUAAAUGAAGAGAUACACGCGACUCAUUAUGGUAUUGAAUGUUUAUCACAAACAGGGCAUGCAAAUGAAGAGGGAUACAUCACAGACCAUGCUAUCGAGGUUAGAUCACGAGCCGAGGAUUUUAGUGAAGAGCUACAUUCGACACAAUCUGAUGUUGAGCAAUAUGCAAGAACAAAUGAUUCUGAGCAAACUUUACAGAUAUAUCUUCCAAACGAAGGAGAUUUAGAAUUCGAAGAUAUGGAGGAAUAUUAGAUUUAAAAAAUCUGACCAAACUUAUAGAAGGAAACGAAAAAGGGAAAUUUAUCUACAAAAUAUCGGAUGCUUUGUGAUUCAAGUGAAGAAGGAUAUUUUAACUGAAUUGAUAAUGAGGAAAAAUUAAGAAUGAAAAUUGCAACAUUUGGAACGGUUUUCCUUAUGCAUUUCAUAAAAAGUGAUUUUCUGGCUAUUUUAGUGAGAAUGUUCGUUUGAAGCCACAUUUGAUUCAAUCACAUUUUUGUAAAUCCCAUUCUAGAAAAGGUGGAAAUCUUUAUAAUUGAUUUACGAUAUAUAGAAAUGACUCGUUACAUCGUACUGCAACAUGCAAGAUAAAUGAAAAAUGAAAAUGGGGGAAAUGAUUUCAAACGAAUGAAUAAUGACAAAAAAGGUAAACUUUAAGCGUUCCAUUAAUUUUAUCCACUUGCAGUACAUAUAUAUAGGAGUGUGGAAAUCACAGUCGUGGGCUAAUUAGUCAAUAUUCAUUGUAAUAUGCCUUACAAUACGACAAUGCAUGUGAUGUCAACAUUUUAUGUUUUAGAAUACCAUUAAUUGUCACCCGUGCUUAAAACAUUCGAAAUUUACCUUCAUAUAUCGUACGAAAAGUAGAUUAUGUAUUUGUGCAACAGUUUAUUACAUCAGAACUUAAUUCAAAAUGUGUUAACCAUUUUAUCAGUUAUUGCAAAUCCCGUGUUGUUAAAUGUUUAAAUAUACUUGUGACAAGUGUCCCGUGAUGGGGUCGGGUCUGGGAUGAAUGGUAUUGUCUGAAGCAGACCUUUGAAAUAAACAUGUAUGCUGAUCAUUAUUCACACUCAGUGUCACUUAAUUUGCAUCUAUGGAUCGUCUCUGACCCGACAUCAGGGAUACUCGCUCUUUCUUAACACAUGGUCCCAUCUCUGGUAUUUGUAAAGGUCAGUAUUCACUCUAACCCUUAAGAGAUGCUUUUGGAUAAUGCAUCGACACACAUUUUGCACAUAACGAACUGUAAGGGGUUCUGAUAUGCAUUUUUAGAGUCUGAUUCUAUAUCCCGGCACUUACCAGUAAGUUCCCAGGAUUAACAUUAUUUCCUACAAUCGUGUUUAAUGUUAGAAAAUAUCAUAUAGAUUUUAUGAGAUUGUAUCAAUGAAACAUUUUUUUAAGAAGUUUUGACUUUCGAUAAUUUGAGAUAUGAUUUGCUAACAAAAAUGUAUCAAUGGUAUGUAAGUCACUCCGUUUAUGAUGACGGCUAUUUGAAUGUAUAUGGAUUUUGCUGCAAAAGAAAUAAUCAAAAUCACUCAUAACAAAAUAAAUCUAAAUCAUUUUGAAGCAGUUUAAUUUAGUGCUUAAAUAAAUGAUGACGAACC